AUGAUUAACUCAUAAUCAUAACAUAAUCUCAUAAAUUCAAGUGCCUUUCCUAUAAGUGAGCCAACCUUAGAAUAAAUCAAUAAAAAGCAAUAUGGUGAUACUCUAAGACAAUAGAUUGAAUAAAAAAAGAUGAGACAAUAAUAAGAAAGAAUAUAAGAAAGAUUAUUGGUAUAGAAUAACAAUUAUUUCAAAGGAAUUACAAUUAGCAAAUGGUUAAACUAAUUCUGGAAGAGGAGGUGGAGGAGCUCCAAUAAGAGAUCAAUAUGGAAAUAUAACUGUAAAUAAUGUUAAAUACUAUUAUUUUUAGACUACUAGAAGAAAUCCUAUGGAUCCAAAUGUUUAAUCAGCUUAAUUAUUUGGACCAUCUAAUUCUUCAUUAUCAUCUAACUAAUUUGAUAAUAUGAGUAUAAGUUAAUUUCCUUAAUAAUAAUAAAGAGUCAUUACAACCAAUUAAAGUAUGAUAAAUCUACCUGUCUCUAAUAAUGUAUUUUUACAUAUUCAAAUAGAGUAUCAAUUAAAGUUAAUUCACUUAAAUUGGAGAAUAAAUUGCUUUAGCUGAAAAAAAAUAAAAAUAAUUUAUAUUACAAAGAGAAUUAGUUUAAUAAAUGGAAGCUGCUGAAAGAAAAAAAUAAGAAGAAAAAUUGAGAAUCAAAAGGGAUAAAGAAUUAGAUGAUUUAAGAGUUAUAAGAGAAAGAGAAGAAUUAGAAAAAAAAAUGAUAGAAGAAUAUGGUAUUGAUAAAUUAGAAAAAAGAAAUUUGUAGGAAACUAAUUUUGAUGUUGAUGGAUUAAAAGCAUUAAAAAGAUUAGAAAUGUUAAAAUAUUAAAAUGAAUUAAUUGAAUAAUAAAAUAGAAAAAAUGCAAAAACAGGAGUUAGAUAAAGAACUCCUGUUUAAGAUGCAGAAAGAAAUUUUAGAGAUUAAUAAAAUGAUUUAAUGAAAUCAAGAAUAGAAUAAAGAAUUAUAAAAGAAUUACCUAUUGAAGUUGAAAAAACAGUUAGAGAUACUAUCAAUGUUGAAUUGCAAAGAUUAAGAUAAGAAAUGAAUCUCUAAACUAAUCAAGUUUCUGAAUAAGUAGUAUAAUUAAAAGGUUAAUUACUUAAAGCAAAUGAAAAUAGGCAUUAUAAUGAAGAUUAAAUCAGGAGAUUAAAAGAAGAAUUAAGAUAGACAUAAAUUGUGGAUGAAAUACGGUAAAGAGAGCUUUAUUAAGCAUUUUUAAGUUAAGAUAAAUCUAGAUAAAUAAUUGAUACAACCUAAAGAUUAAUGACUCCUGAAGCUGUCAAAUUUACAUUUCCAAAAAGACCUAGACCAUAUUAUAAUCUAGCAGAUCCAUACUUAGGCACUGAUGAUGAAGCAAACAAAGAUCUUAAUUAAAUAUUUAAUGAUAAUACAUAAAUGGUUCCUGUUUCCUAUGAUUUUGGAAGCAAUAAUUAAUAUGAUAAAGAUAUAAUAGAAGAUAAACUACUUUAUUCAAAAGAGGAAAUGAAAGAUAAUGGAAGAUUAGGAGUAGAAUUGAAUCCAAAUGAUCUUUAAAUGCCAGAGGAUUAUCUUAAUAGAUAAAAACUUUAUGUUGCUAAGAAAUAUGUUGAUAAUCGUCCUGCAAAUAAUUAUGAUUUGACAAAUAUGGAUAAUACAUCAAUUUCUCCAUAAACAAAUUAUGUAUCUCUAAUUAGUAGUACGCAUCCUCAUUAUAUGAUGGAAGAUGAUGAAGUGAAAGACGUAAUUCAAAAAUAUUCUGGUAACAAUAUAUAUUAAAAAUAGAUAAAUUAGAUAGAUUAGAUGAGAUAGAUGCUCAUUAAUAAAGGAGGAAUUUCAAUUAAAUGGAUAAUGCAUUAUAAGAUCUAUUAGAAUAGCAAUAAAAUAAAAUUAAUCGAAUAGAUAAAUAUAAAGAACAUUUUGAACAUAAUGAUUAUUAUUCUCCUGAUUACUAAGGUACUAAAUUUUAUAAUAAAAUGGCCAAUAUCUUAUCAAAUUGA